GCUUCGUUGUACCUGUUUAAAGUAUUAAAGAACUGCACUACUGGUAAUAUGGAACAGGACCUGAAGAAAUCCGGUGAAGGAGACGUAUCUCAACAGACAGAGUGUAUGGGCUGCCUUGAUCUUCAGAGGGUAACUUCUCUCUAUAGGGAGGCACUGAACGUGUUCAUGACUAAGAGGAACAGUCCUCUGACUGCAGCCAUGUUUAAUGAUUUAUUUACUCGCUUCCCUUUUAUGUGUAAACCGUUGCUGGGUAUAAUAACCAAGUCUGUGAAAGACGGAGCCAGGCAGCAUCAGCAG